GCUUAUGUACAGAUAUCCAAAAAGAAAGGCGAUUUGACAAUAACAAUAAUGGGCUCAAAUCUUUCGAAGCAUCGGGUCUUACACUUAAUUCUGAUGAUAGCGAAGAUGAUAAAAUGUCGCACCACCUCAAAGCUAUUGUCGAAAACUGCCUGGAUGAAUUGCCAAUUGAUGACGAAGAAGCGUCAAAUCAUAAUAAUGGUGAACCAGAUGAUGAACUGGACAAUAGUGAACCAGAUGAUGAUGAGCCAAAUGAUGAUGAGCUGGACGACGGUGAGCCAGAAGAUUAUAAGCUAGACGAUGGUGUGUUAGAUGAUUAUGAAAUAAAUGAUGAACUGAAUUAUUAUAAUGAAAAUACUUAG